AUGAGUUUGAUAAAACAAGACAGGGAAGAGUUUGCCAACGAAAACUUGUUUAAAACUACACAACACGGCUUUCGUUCGGGAAAAUCUUGUAUUACUCAGCUUCUUGACGUUGUUUACAACAUUGGUAAGGCGUUAGAUUGCAGUAAAGAAAUGGACAUGAUCUAUUUAGAUUUUUCCAAAGCUUUCGAUUCGGUACCUCACGAUAAACUUAUUUUUAAACUCUCCCAAUUUGGUAUUACUGGGCCGCUCUUAGACUGGUUUUCUGACUAUCUGUCUGCACGUAAACAGCGCGUGGUAGUUGAUGGUUUCUCAUCAAGUUACCUCGAUGUAACAUCUGGUGUUCCUCAAGGCAGUAUUGUUGGCCGAUUGCUUUUCUUGAUCUACGUUAAUGACCUUCCUGACGCAGCAAAACACCGAAGAAUACCAAUGUUUGCUGACGACA